AGCCCGCUACUUGGCGGCGCUGAUGGAGGCCGGAGGAGGGACUCACCAGCAGUGUCAUCCCCAUCCCCAUCGGAAUUAAGGAGAGGAAAGUGGCCUCUUUCGCCUACAGUCUUCUAGAUCCAUCAACCGGGCCCGACCAACUUUGGCGGAGCGGCUUGGGUCGCAGAGUGGCAUCGCUUAGAGGAAGGCCUCACCAUGACCGCCGGGAUCUUCAAAGUCUGCCUGGUGGUGGUGACCACUAUUAUCAAUCACCCCCUCCUCUUCCCCCGAGAGAGCACCACAAUCCCCGAAACUGAGGAGGAGACCAUCCGGAAGAUGAAGGAACAAUACGAGAAGCUCCAGUUGGAGCAGCUACGUCUAGAGGAGGAGUUGGCCCAAAUGACGGCAGAGGAGACGGCGCUGGAGAUGGCCACGGAGGCCGGCGGGCGGCCGGGUGAGGGCCGGGUGGCGUGGGACCUGUGGAGCACCCUGUGCAUGAUCCUUUUUCUGGUCAUUGAGGUGUGGCGGCAGGACUACCAGGACGGGAGCGCCCAGGAGCCCCCAGGGGAGGAAGAGGAGCUGACCGGGCUAGGGAGCACCUUGAAAGAAAUCACUCUGCCCGACAAGGCGCUGCUGACCAACUUCUACGAGCGGCGCAUCCGGGGGGCCUCCGGUGACACGGCCAGGACGCGAGAGUUUGUGGAAAGCUUCGUGGAUGAUUUACUGGAGGCCCUGAGGAGCGUGUGCAACCGGGAUGCAGACAUGGAGGUGGAGGAUUUCAUUGGGGUGGGAAGCAUGUACGAAAACUGGCGGGUGGAAAAGCCCCUGCUCUGUGACCUCUACGUGGCCUUUGCCCCGCCGGAGCCCUACCGCUUCUACCCCGAGGUCUGGUGCACCACCAAAUCCAUCCCCCCUGACCGCCAAGGCUAUGGCAAGAUCAAGGUGUGCCGGGCUGAUGAGGACCCCGCAGGCUGCAUCUGUGGCAAGACCAAGCUAGGGGAGGACAUGCUGUGUCUCUUGCACAGUAAGAACGACAAGACCAGGCCCGGCAGGGAGAUGGAGGACUUACUGUGCUUUAAGGAUUCUUCCUACCUGGAUGUGGACCAGGUCAUGAAGUGGUUCCAGAUCGCCUUGACCAAAGCCUGGCAACGCAUCUCCCGCAAGUACGACUUUGAUCUGGCCUUUAGGCACCUGGACACUCCUGGAGCAUUGAAAAUAAAGUUCCGGUCGGGGAAAUUCAUUCCCUUUAACAUCAUACCAGUGGUCCAGUGCGAAGACUCGGACCUCUUCUUUGUCUCUCACUUCCCCAGGGGCAACCCCCUGGCUCCUCCCGCUUCGAACACUUACUGGUUUCUCUCCUUCGCCGUCUAUGAGAGGCACUUCUUCAAGAUCGUCGCCAAGACGCUGCCCGAAAAUUCCUGCCACCUCAGCUGCUUCCAGAUCGUCUCUUUCCUUCUCAGGAAGCAGGGCCACCUGACGGGCCCCAGCGGCCUCACCAACUACCACCUGAAAACGGUCCUCUUUCAUCUGCUCCUGGCCCGGCCCGCUGGGGACUGGGAAGCCGAGAAGCUGCAGGCCAGGGUGUCCGACCUGCUCAGGUUCCUGGAGAAGAGCCUCCUGGAGAAGAAACUCUGCCAUUUCUUUGUUGGCAACCGGAAGAUCCCUGUGACAGUGGGAGUCCCAGAGGUUUUCAGGAAGGCAGAGCCCGUGAACCUCUUCCGCCCUUUCGUCUUGCACCGUAGCCUUUACCGCAAGACCGUGGAUUCCUUCUCUGAGAUGCUGAAGAACACCUCGGCUCUGAUCAGCGAGUAUGCACUCCACCUGCCUUCAGAGCACACGGACCUUCCAAGGGACCCUUUUGGAGAGAAAAAAGAAGCCACCCCGGCAAGCCCAAGCCGCUAAGAUUACCCUAGGAUCCUCCUUUGGGGGAUGACCGUCUUUACCAGGAGCUCUUAUUUUACCCUUUCGGGGAAACCAGUGGCCAUUUCUGAGAAAGCCGGUACUAUAGGGGAACACAGGGAAGGUACCUGAUGCUUCAACACCACCUCGGCUAUUCAGUGUUGGUUUUUCUUGGGUCUAAAGAAUUUUUUUCACCCACUGAGUUGGUGACGAGCGGCGCCAAAGAAAGAAAUGAUUCACAAUCCUGACUUGAGCAUAGGAUAAUUAGAGUCUCCAGGCGAACAUUUUGCUUUGGAAAAGCAAAGCUGAGACUCUAGAUUGACGGAGGGCGGAGACACUGACCUAGUGGCCAAUGCCCGGGAGGGCCCUGGCUAUUGUCAGAAGGCCCUACGUUCCUGGCCGUGGUAGCCGGGAAGUCAGUAGCAACAUUGUAUUUAUUGGUCAAGUCCAGUAACUUCUGCCUGAAGCUCACACCUCAUGUGCAUUGCUAAAUUGAGUUAAUCUUGGAUGCUGUUUUGGCCAAAAGGGGGAAGAAGGAGGGAAAAUUGAAUGGCAGGCGCAGAAAGGUGGGAAGCGUGUGACUUCUACCUUUUUAAAAACCUUCUAGCAGCCCCUUCAUUUGGCUCCAUCUUGCUGUCACCCUCCAGGAUGUUGCUGACCUGCUCUUCAGGCCCAGACACCGUCUUGUGGGUUGUGGAUUUCCUAUCACUUUGCUUUGAACACUCCGGUUCCUGCUCUGCAGAAGAGCUCCUGGCCAGCAUUCUUAGGGAGGGAGGAGAGGGUUUUAGCUUGAGGGUUGGGGACUGGGGGUAGGAAAAACGGUAUUCCAGAAAGGUGAGAAAGGGGGAACAGAUUCUGGAGCAGAAGGCCCCGAGAACUCUUAGGAGCUAGAGCCUUCGGAGGAUUCCAAGUCCUGCCUGCACAGGGCCAGACUCACACGCCCAGCUCUGUUUGUGGAUAUUGCCGUACCCAAGUUGUGGAACAGGGGAUGACCCAUAAUAGAAGAUGUUUCUGCAGGCACCACUGAGCUCAUAAGAAGCAAGAGAAAGUGUCAACAGGGUACGUCACAAGGGUGAAAAGACUCCACCGUUUUACACUCGAAGGGUCUCGAUGUGAAGAAGCCGCUGGCUGGAGAAAUUUGGUAUCCGAUGGACGGCGGGGGUACAGCAGAGAAAACAGCCUGGAUUUAUCAUUCGUCUCCUACGAAGUCUAAAAACAAGCUGUCCUGGACUGGGCCCCGGACGACCAUCAUUCCCUUACCAGCAUUUCGCUUAGGUUUCCGACUCACGUAUCAAACCAGAACAAAUGGACGUCUUUUAAAUAUCUAAGAAAACAGAAUCCGGUUUCCCAAAUGGUUCUUUUUAAGUGGAUAUUUUACUUUCGCGGACUGUUUGUGGUAUUCAUUUGUGAUGUGAACUAUCAGUAUUGCUUUUACUACGGCGACGUACCUGAGCUCGUGCUUUCGCAAGCCUGGGCCAGAAGGUGCCGGGUUUGUGUGCUCUCUGUCUCUGAAGGGAUUGUUUGCCCACCUGCAACAGUGUCCCGGAGAAGACAGCGACACUGGUCACAUACCCGCAACUUUCCCUUACAGUUGAGGUCUCCUCUUGGCGUCUUAGAAUGGCAGCUUCAACGCAGUUCUGGAAUGUGAAAGGGAACUUCAAGCAUCUGCUAUCAUUUCUAAUAGGCAAAUGUUACGUGGUCUUCCGACAGAGUCUUUUAAAGCUACUGUACAGUAGCUGAGUACUGUUGGCAUCCAUGGCUGUGAAAGAAUUGUACGGGACCGGGAACUCCUCUCUUUUCCCAGGGGAAGGGUAGUAGCUGGACUCUGGAAGGACUUUGCUCCGUUACAGCUUAAGUGUGGUCUCUUCUGCCUAUCAGAUGUAUGAACAUUUCACAUUUCACAGUGAGCUAUAAGAGUAAAAACUAAUGGGGUGGAACUAUAGUUGGAGUGAGCCUGGACAGGCUAGCCGGAGGUAAUUUUUUAACUGCUAAGAAACGUCUUCUCUCCCUCCACCUUGGGUCCUUUCCCCAUCUCCUCUCACAAGGUUUUAGGGCAUCAAGUGUGUCCUAGUUAUAGAGUACCAGGCUUGGGCCUACUUACCUCCCACAACUAGAAGUCAUCUCAUAACACAGACAUCCAAGUACCCUGACUGGCUUGAAUUGAGGGAGGUAAGAGUUACACUCAAUUUGUGGAUUCUAAAUCAGGGUGACUGCUAUAGAGCUAAAACACCAGUUGAACAGGGGUUUUUAUAUGAUCUGGAAAACUUCUGCCUUUCUGUUGGUGAAGGCCUGGUUAGCUUUGAGAACAUACAGAUGGUAAAUACCCUUAUUUAUUAUUCCCUUGUUCUGGGCUUAGCAGAGGUCACUGUGAAGAGGCCAUGGGGUGGAAGAACUAGAUAAAAAUGCAUUCAGUUCCUUUUUUGCUUGUUUCUUUAAGGUAUUCCACUAAAGAAUAUCCCCUGAAUAUUUUUCUCUUUUUUUAAAUAAAAAAAAUAAAGACAAAGGGGUAUCUUUUCUUAUUUCCAAAGUGCUGGUUGUGAAACAAAGUGUGAAUUCUUAA